AUGUCCCCUGAAGUCGUCAACCUCAUUAGCGAUUCCGAAUCUGAGUCCAUGUCGGUCAAUUGGGACCAAGACAGUAAUGGCGUGAAUGAACAAGUCGAAGCUGAAAAAUCGAUGCCUCCAAUAUCAAGGACUACGGCACUACGGGCUAUCGCUUGCAAUGGAGAGGUGUGGAACUACGAGCAAAAGGCAGGCUCAGCUGGUGAAACCGAUCGUGAUGACCACUCUACGGGGAAGAAACAUCGUGCACUUGAAUUCCGUGUUCGAGAAAGUCAAUAUUACGAAUGCCACCGUGCCAAUGAGAAACGCAUACGAGCUUACAAACCAGAUGAUGACACCAUUGAUCGACGCAACAUUGUACGCCCGCGAUCGAAAAAGAAUGGCUGCAAGGCACUUAUAUUCCGUGAGGAGUUUUUCAAGAGACGGGAAGCCUUCAAGAAAACAUGGGCAGUGCACCAGUCUUUGUUUGUGGAUUACUUUGAGAAGCAAUGGAUGGCUGAGGAUAAGUAUCCAAGGUGGGCAAGGUGCUAUCAUCCUGAAGUAUAUACCAACAUGUUGACGAACAAUUAUGUGGAGUCAUGGCACAAUCAGCUCAAGACCGUUUAUUUGCAACGCAAAUACCCAAGACGUGUAGAUUUUCUAAUCUAUACCCUUGUUGAAGAAGUCGAGCUCGAUAUGGUGGCCAUCAUCAAGCAACGUGCAGCACGCAACGGUGCAUUGACCAACCAACAGAGGCAUAUGCUACAGAAGAGGAAACAAGCCAAUGACUUGGCUAAUGACGCUGACCGACAUGCAACUUAG